AUGGUGAAGGGGGAUGUCAUAGGCACUUUCUCUGCUUUUCACUCACAGGGACACUUUGAGAAAAGUUUGAAUGCAACCUUUAUUGCUCUUAUUCCAAAGAAGGGGGAGUAUUCUCAAAAUGCUUUUGUUGGAGGCCGUCAAAUACUCGAUUUUGUCCUUAUUGCUGAUGACACCUUGGUUUUUUGUGAUGCGGAUGUGUCUCAGAUGAGAUAUUUGAGAUGUGUUCUGAUUUGGUUUCAAGUCAUUUUUGGGUUGAAAGUUAAUGUGGGCAAAAGUGUCUUAGUGUCGGUAGGAGAGGUUCCAAAUAUCUCUACUUUGGCUCUUGUUUUAGGGUGCAACACUGGUUCAUUAUCCAUUCCUAAUUUGGGUCUACCUCUUGGAGCUCCAUCCAAGAGUUUGGGUAGUUGGGAUCCAGUGGUGGAGAGGUUUGAGAAACGGCUUGCCGGGUGGAAGAAACAGUACCUCUCCAAAGGGGGGAGGCUUACUCUUUUGAAGAGUACUAUGUCGAGUCUUCCUACGUACUUUCUUUCAGUCUUCCAGAUUCCCUCUUCAGUGGCUGAAAGGAUCAUGAGGUUGCAGAGGAAUUUUCUGUGGGGUGGUAAAGGGGAGGAGUUCAAGUAUCAUCUAGUACAGUGGGAAAGGGUUUGCACUCCAAUUCAGCAAGGUAGGUAA